AAACUUAUUAAAUAGAUAAUAGUGAUAGAUAGAGAGUGAUGAAUACGGGCAGUCUUAACUUCAAACAGUUGGCGGGAGAUGCGACCAAUCUGUUCAAUCGGGCAGUGCAGUUUACUAGUGAACAGAUAGUGGGAGGAGAGAAGACGGAGUAUGACUCACAACUGGCCACUCUCAUCAAGACAGCAGACAACACCAAGGACUGGACUGAAAAGGUAGUGUCACAGAGUGAGACUCUGCUGCAACCCAACCCAGCCUUGAGGGCAGAGGCCUUCGUGAACAGUGUGUUCGACAGGAAAGUGCCCGAACACAUGACAAUCACUGAACAACUCGGAUGCUACUUAGAGGACGCAGGAUCCGACCUGGGACAACACACCGCAUAUGGAACGCUCCUCAAGACUUGUGGCCUGACGGAGCGGAAGCUGGGCGCGGCCGAGCGGAAGUUCCACAAGGAGGCACUGGCUAAUUUUGUGUCUCCUCUAAAGAACUACCUGAACACUGAGAUGGCGGCCAUGCAGCGGGAGAAGCGCAUUCUGGACACGAAGAGACUGGACCUGGAUGUGGCUAAAAACAGAGUGCGCAAAUGCACCAAACCAGCUGAACUGCCGACUGUGGAGCAGCAUCUGAAGGUGUGUCAGGAUGAAUUCGACAGACAGGCAGAGGUGGUGCGUCUUAUGAUGAGCGAAGUGCCCUCCCACCACAGAAGACAUCUCACUCUCCUCAGACAGUUCGUCCAGCUGCAGACACAGUUCUACGCAGAGUGCUCCUCUGCUAUGCAGGAGCUGGACUCCAGUCUCAACACCACCAACACACAGGAUCCGAGGUAUUUUCCCUCUGGCGGAGCUCCCCUCGGAAACACGAUGAGUAACACCUCCUCUUCGGGAGGCACGAAUGCUUCUAACGCAGGUGGUGGGGGAGAAGGAGUGGACAUGCACUACACGAACAACGGGUACCUCUCAUUCAGUUAAAUCAACUGAACUCUGACAAUCAGCGCCUACACGAUACCAUCAUGUGUAGAUAUAGUACAUGCAACACAGACAAUUUCUAUACACUAAUGCAGACAUAAUUUAAACCCAUGUUCUUGUAGAAGAAAAGGUUGCGUUAAGCUAUUGCAGUUCUAAAUUUGGCGGCGAGUUCAGCUAUCUUAGAGUUGUGUAAUGUGACUACUACCACCGCUAUUGUGAUCAGUAUUUGAUUCAAUGAAUUAUCCAGUCAGAAAAUUCAUCAUUCGCUGCAAAAAAUAUCUUUUUUUUCCUUCUCGCUUCAAAUUUGGAAGAAGAUUAGAACAACGUGAAUAUCAAAUAUCAAGCGAAUCAAACUUCAAUUUAAAGUAUUGGUUAAUUUGUUUGAUUAUGAAUUAUAACUUUUAAACGCUACACUUGAAUGGAUGUAAACCAUAGUUAAAUGUUCAUUCCAAAUUACUUUAGUCAUCUGCGAAUGGUUUAAACACGGGUUUUAAAUCAAAAUCGAGUAUCUUCAUUGCUCAGUCAUUUCAUCUGAUUUUGUUCCGUUUUUUUUGUGCAAAAAAUCAAAAAGUAAUGCCGUCAUAUUUAUUGAGUGCUGUUUUGUCUUUUUUAUUGUUCUAGUUAUAAUUUAUCAAAUCAGCCCUUCUUCAUCUAUAAUGUAGCUAGCUAGUGUACUUUUGAUUCUAAUAUAUUAAUUUUAGCGUACGCCACCCUGUGCAAUGAAUCAAUUUCAAUCUUCUAAAUCUAAUUCAAAUUGAAGUGAUCUGCCAUCACAGAAAAGAUGAUCAAUCAGGUUUUUGAUGGAGAUAUUUUUGAGGCUCUUUCACAUUGGUGCUUACUUCUUUUGUAACCUUCUGUGAAAUCGUUUCAUUAUGUCAGGAAAAAAUAUUUAUAGACCCCUUCCUUAUAUAAAAAUCAACAUUUUAUAAGUCGGAAGGGGACUGUAAUUUAAAGUAUCUUAAAAAACGUAUGAUUGAGUGUGCAGAAAAAUGAAAUUUAUCCUCGAUACGCCAUAAAAACACACCGAUAUCCUUAAAAGUAUUAGAAAUUUGAGAAGAAUCAUACAGAAAAGAGAAAAGAAAAAAUGUGUGGCUAUUGAUAUGGACACAUUGCGUUUUCGACUUUGAUCGCUGCUUAGUCUUAGAUUGCCAAAUGAACUACUCUGAGCUUUUCUGCUGUAUUACCCACCCACCCAUUAGCCUUGAUCUGAGUUGACUGAUUGUGUUAUAUUGUGAAAAUUGGAUAUUUAUUCGCUUUUAUACCGAAUCAAAUUAGAAAUUUAAUGUUUAUGCUUC